AUGGAGGGGCAUUUUGAGGGGUAUAUAGAGGGGCAUUUUGAGGGGUAUAUGGAGGGGCAUUUUGAGGGGUAUAUGGAGGGGCAUUUUGAGGAGUAUAUAGAGGGGCUGUUUGAGGGGUAUAUGGAGGGGCAUUUUGAGGGGUAUAUAGAGGGGCAUUUUGAGGGGUAUAUGGAGGGGCAUUUUGAGGGGUAUAUGGAGGGGCAUUUUGAGGUGUAUAUGGAGGGACAUUGAGGGGUAUAUGGAGGUGUAUAUGGAGGGACAUUUUUAGGGGUAUACGGAGGGGCAUUGAGGGGUAUGCGGAGGGGUAUUUCGAGGGGUAUACGGAGGGGUAUUUCGAGGGGUAUACGGAGGGGCAUUUUGAGGGGUAUAUGGAGGGGCAUUUUGAGGAGUAUAUAGAGGGGCUGUUUGAGGGGUAUAUGGAGGGGCAUUUUGAGGGGUAUAUAGAGGGGCAUUUUGAGGGGUAUAUGGAGGGGCAUUUUGAGGGGUAUAUGGAGGGGCAUUUUGAGGAGUAUAUAGAGGGGCUGUUUGAGGGGUAUAUGGAGGGGCAUUUUGAGGGGUAUAUAGAGGGGCAUUUUGAGGGGUAUAUGGAGGGGCAUUUUGAGGGGUAUAUGGAGGGGCGUUUUGAGGUGUAUAUGGAGGGACAUUGA